AUUGAAUUUGUUUUUUUAUCUUCUGUUUCAAAAGAAGGAUUUUUCUCAAAAGCUAGGCAGAGGCCUUAUAGAAGGGGUGAAGAGUCAGUUUUGAUACCAACUGGAUUCAGACUCUGAAGAGAGACCCUCCUGUUUGGAGCGCAGCUGGCGGGUCUGGUGUGGAAGGAGAGGAUGGGUGUCCUAAGCCUUGCCCUCACCUGGCCUUCUCCUCUUGCAGCCUCACCUGUCACCAUGAAGCUGCUGCACCCAGCCCUCCCCAGCUGCCUCCUGCUGGCUCUGCUCGCCGUGUGGACAGCUGGUCCUGAGGCUCAUGCUGUGUCCGUGGGGACACCCGCCAUCAGCGCAGCCUCUUUCUUGCAGAACCUCAUGCAUCGCUACGGGGAGGGCGACAGCCUCACCCUGCAGCAGCUGAAGGCCCUGCUUAACCACCUGGACGUGGGAGUGGGCCGGGACAACGUCUCCCAGUCCGUGCAGGGACCGAGGAACCUCUCGACGUGCUUCAGUUCUGGAGACCUCUUUGCUGCCCACAACCUCAGCGACCAGUUGCGGAUUGGGGGGCGUGAGUUCCAGGAGUUCUGCCCCACCAUCCUCCAGCAGCUGGAUUCCCGGGCCUGCUCCUCCGAGAACCAGGAGAAUGAGGAGAACGAGCAGACAGAAGAGGGGAGGCCCAGCUCAGUUGAAGUCUGGGGGUACGGUCUCCUCUGUGUGACCGUCAUCUCCCUCUGCUCCCUGAUGGGGGCCAGCGUGGUGCCCUUCAUGAAGAAGACUUUUUACAAGAGGCUGCUGCUCUACUUCAUAGCUCUGGCGAUUGGAACCCUCUUCUCCAACGCCCUCUUCCAGCUCAUCCCCGAGGCUUUUGGUUUCAACCCUCUGGAAGAUUAUUAUGUCUCCAAGUCUGCAGUGGUGUUUGGGGGCUUUUAUCUCUUCUUUUUCACAGAGAAGGUCUUGAAGAUGCUUCUUAAGCAGAAAAAUGAGCAUCAUCACGGACACAGCCAUUAUGCCUCUGAGACGCUCCCUUCCCAGAAGGACCAGGAGGAGGGGGUGACAGAGAAGCUGCAGAACGGGGAUCUGGACCACAUGAUUUCUCAGCGCUGCAGUGGCGAGCUGGAUGGGAAGGCCCCUGUGAUGGACGAGAAGGUCAUCGUGGGCUCCCUCUCUGUCCAGGACCUGCAGGCUUCCCAGAGCGCCUGCUACUGGCUGAAAGGUGUCCACUACUCUGACAUCGGCACACUGGCCUGGAUGAUCACCCUGAGCGACGGCCUCCAUAAUUUCAUCGAUGGCCUGGCUAUUGGUGCCUCCUUCACCGUGUCUGUCUUCCAAGGCAUCAGCACCUCGGUGGCCAUCCUCUGCGAGGAGUUCCCACACGAGCUAGGAGACUUUGUCAUCCUGCUCAAUGCCGGCAUGAGUAUCCAGCAGGCUCUCUUCUUCAACUUCCUCUCUGCCUGCUGCUGUUACGUGGGCCUGGCCUUCGGCAUCUUAGCUGGCAGCCACUUCUCUGCCAACUGGAUCUUUGCCCUGGCUGGAGGAAUGUUCUUGUAUAUUUCUCUGGCUGAUAUGUUCCCUGAGAUGAACGAGGUCUGCCAAGAGGAUGAAAGGAACGGCAGUGUCUUGGUCCCCUUUGUCAUCCAGAACCUGGGCCUCUUGACUGGUUUCAGUAUCAUGCUGGUCCUCACUAUGUAUUCGGGACAGAUCCAGAUCGGGUAGGGCCCUGCCAGGAGCCGGCGGGAUUGGCAGUCGGGCCCUUGGCCGCUGAUCCCUGGCCCGAGGACUCCUCAUCCAGGAAGCACCUCGGAAGAGGCAGUUCUAUUAAAAACUGUGACAUGGAGACUGUAUUCCUGCAUUCAAAUGUUAGCUGUUUUUAAAAUGCUGUAUCCUAGGAAUAAGCUGCCCUGGUAACCAGCCUCUAGGUAGUGCCUCUCCCCCUUUCCUCUUCUUUCUCAGAGUGAUUCUGGAACUGAAUGCAGCUUAAAAGACAAGACUAACUUUUUUCUCUGGUUGCCCUGGCCUCUUUCUCUUCCAACCAGCACUGAGACCUUUUGAAUCCUUUGCCCAACAAUGCAAAAAGAUAGCCAGGGCUCACAACUUGGUUAGAAAUAUCAGGACGUCAAUCUAUAGUUUGGGGCCCAUAAAUCUAAAUGUGUUUCCUCGGCCUCAAGGUGACCCAUUUUUAAGCGAAUCCGCCUAUUUUUACAGAAAAGGUAUAGAAGACAGGAAUCCCUCUUAUUUUUUCAAAAUCUGUUCAGUUGCCUAUUCUUUCAAAGAGAACUAAAAGCUGGAAACAGAUGAGAAGGGCGGGAGGGAGAGGCAAGGAUCACCCUGAGAUGGGGGGGUGUGUCUUGUCAGGAUGGUUACCUGUUCCCACUGGGAUGCUUGGCACCGGUUCUGCACCUGGUGUUUCGUGGCCGUCCAGGUGAGCCAGCAGGUAGGUUCUGUUGCCUGAACCUCCCCUCCUUUUGGAUGAACACUGGCAGAUUGGAGGGCAGAGAAGAGAGACCUGUCUGAAGUCCGUUGGCUUUGCUGUGAUUCCCACCCCCAUCCCCUGGGAGACUCCCUGGAAGCACAUUCUAAGCACAUUGACGGUGCCCGUGUCAGAGGGCAGACUGCACAGAUUUACCUCCCUGGUCAACAGUUGUGCUGACAGGUGGCAAGCCGACUUACAGAAUUGGAGUGCAGCUUGUGGUCUUCUUGACAAGGGUAAUCAGAAACGGAAUCAGUGCAGGCAACAUUUAGGGUUUACUGAUUCCAUAAGUAACAGUGAUAGAACUCUGAGAUGGAAGAUCCAGAGCUUGGAUGGGGGCAUCCCUGGGGUUUGCAGAAUAGAGGACCCAUGGGUUCUGCUGCACCGUCUGGGGUUCCCCCUUUCUCCCUGACCCCAAACAAGCAAGGGCGAAUCCUGUAUUGAACUGAACAGGAAUUGUUCUAACUCUCUUCAGAAAAACGGAUUGAUAGACUUGUGUGUGAGACCGUAGGCCAGCCACCGGCCCUGUGGAGCCCUCUCCUCAGAGCUCUGGCUUCACGGGGAGCUAAUCUCCAGGUUCACUAGGUGAAUUGCUUUAUUAUUAUCAUAUUGAUAAUGUGAGAUUCUUUAGCCACUCUGGGGAGCCGACCUCUCCAGAAGCCUUCCUCAGUGGUGCCCACAGUCGCAGCCCAGGGGCUGUGUUCGCAAACCGACUUGUGCAUGUGGCUGACGAGUCCUGGUCCGUCACCACCACCCGUUAGUUUUUCCGUUCUGACAGGAAAACUUUCCAUUCUAUGGUAGUUAAAAGCAGCAUCUACUAUGGCUUUUUUCCCCUCCCCGCCUCCCCCCACCCCUUGGGAAACAUCCGUCAAACCAGGACUAUUCUUGAGAAGAACAUGAGUGGGAAAACCGCUGGUGAUGCUUUAUAAGUUUUUCUCAUCUUGCCUAUUGACUUUGAUAGAUUUGAGAAUGGGCAGAAGAAGGAGGAAAACUCAGUUCUCACGAUUCUAGAUGAACUAUCAGGACAGACUCCUGGUAGGAUUAUGGUCCAGUUUUUACCAAAGAACCAAUUCCUUGAAUGUUGGGAUCUAACUUUUUAUAUUGUCAUUAUUAUUGUCAUUGUUACUGUUUUAAAAGGAUUCUUUGUCUUUUCUGUUUGAUUUCCCUCAAACUGCUUUCAGGAGCUAGCAGGAAAUAACUCAAACCUUAGGAUUUCAGAAGAUUUUGCUUCCCUUAAUUCACAUGGAUGUAUUAAAUUUAUAAUUUUAGCA